GGUGCCAGCGCGGUUGGGUGAGAGGCCUCCGCGGGACUUGCCUCGCUACCGGGGCGUUGAAAGGGUGCUGAAGAUGAGACAGAAAGAAGUGGUAACCAAAACCUUCCAAGCCCCUGCUGUUGUUUGUAGUUCUCCAAAUAGUCACAUUUAUAUGUUUAAAAAUGAUAAUUCCGACUCAGAUGAACUGUCUGAAGAAGAACUAAAUGUGGAAUUGAGACCGAGGGGAAAAGAACGACAAAAGAGUGAUCGAAGAGAGAGAGUAGGGGAUGUGGUAUUGCUAGAACGAGAACUCAAAGAAGAUGAUAACCUUAACAAACUUGCUCUUCAGUAUGGUUGUAAAGUUGCAGACAUCAAGAAAGUAAAACCAACUUUAUCAGAGAACAAGACUUAUAUGCUUUAAAAAUCUAUAAAGAUUCCAGUGAAGAAUUAUAGCAUCUUAACAGAGACAAGCAAGGAACUAAAACCCCUCCAAACUACAUCUUCUGAGUCUAGAUUAACGUUUGUUGAGUUUCUAGACUCAGAUAAUGCAACUGCAGAAAGUAAUUGUGAAAAAUCCAACCAACUGAGAUUUUUUAAGGGGAUUGAUCAAGAUAUUGAGAGUGCAGUACAAUCAGAAAUCUUUUUAAAUCAAGAUUAUUGCAUAGAAACCCCAAAUCAACCUUUGCUUCCAAUCAAUCAGAAGACUCUAAUGAAUGGUGCAGACUGUGGAAUUCAAUGGUGGAAUGCUGUUUUUAUCAUGCUUCUAAUUGGAAUUAUUUUACCAGUGUUUUAUGUGGUCUAUUUUAAAAUACAAGGCAGUGGAGAAACCACUAGUAGCUUGAAUACAACUAUAGGCCCCAAUGGCUCAAUACCAACCAUUUCAAUUCCAGGCAAAGUCCCAGGACUGGAGAUCUCAUUGAAGACCACAACUUCUUCAGACAAUUUCAGAUGAGUUGGAAGCUAAGCCUCUUGUCUUCUUUAGAAAGCAAUGAAUCGGUCUCAGCUUUAGUAACUGGGUUCUCAUUGGGCAUGUGUUAAUAACUUCCUAUAGGUAAACAAAAUAAGCUUUCAAAUUCAUAAUGGGAGAACUAUGGCCAUUUACUUGGGUUUUGUAAAAGAAGCCAGGAAAAAAUUUUCUGGCCACAUCUGUCUCAGGUACAGUCAUACAUAUGAAGCUACCUUUUUCAGGCACCUUAUUCUGUAGAAAACAAGCUAAAUUACCUACAUGGAGUGCCAUCUUAGUAUAUGGUAUUUAAAUACUUUCUGUGGUUCCCCCCCCCAAAGUUUCCCCCCUUAACUGCAAACAAAAUUGGCAAAUACUAAAGGGGAUUGUAUAGUAAAGUAGAACUAGUUCCAAGUUCUACCUCUGUUCAAAAUGGGUGUUUUUAGUGUUAAAUUCUAGUAAUUAUUCAUCUUGGAUAGUAUUAAGAGUCCCUUUUGUGGUUGGUCAUCCUUGAUAACCAAAUGAGGACUUAACAGCAUGUUGCUAGAGUAAAAAACUGCUUAUGCCAUCAGCGGUGGGUAUAAGUAACAUGGAAGUUUUAUGGUAAUUUAUGGUAAUAAUUAAUUCCAUUUGAUUUAUUAUGGCUUAACAUUCUAAAUUUAAUAGCUUUUCUUUUGAGAACCAUGGCUGAUUUCAUUAUUGUACCAGCUCCAUCUAGUUGGUCAGUGUCUUGAGAACUGAUUGUAGUUUGGUAUUUAGAGGUCUGAUGGUAGUAAGGCCCCUGUUUGCAUCUAAAAUCUUUAGGAUUAGUUAUUUGUGUCUGUGGUAUCUGGUGACCUAUAAUGGUAAAUUUAACAUGUGGAAAGAGCCAGCAUUUGGGGGGGGGGAAUUUGUAAUUAAUACUUGGCAAAGAAGCUACUAUAGAGUAUCCCUCAAUAUUGAACGCCACCUAGCUGCCCCAUGAUCCACUUUUUUUUUGGUGGGGCAAUGGGGGUUAAGUGACUUGCCCAGGGUCACACAGCUAGUAAGUGUCAAGUGUCUGAGGCCAGAUUUGAACUCAGGUACUCCUGAAUCCAGGGGCGGUGCUUUAUCCACUGUGCUAUCUAGCCACCCCCGAUCCACUUUUAAAGAUAGAAAAUAACCCAACAAAAUUAUGGCAUUCACUUCACACUUGCUUAAUUACUUGUUUAUUUCAAAAAUUAUAAAUCUAAACUGCUUUAAACCUCUUUUUUCAUAUUUGAAGACAUUUUUUGUUGUCUGUUCAAUUAUAUUUAAAAUAGCAUUUUCCUACCUCCACCAUAAUGUUAGAAAUCUUAAAUUCUCUUACUGAUAGUAUUAUCUAGCACUGGGUUUUACCUGUGUGUUAACUACUGUUCAGUUUCAUCUGAGAGUAGGCUUUAGAAUUUGAAGUAGAUUCUGAUUACAUAUGUUUUCAUUCUUUUGGCAAAAUUACGUAAUUAAGUCUGCAGACCAUUUUCCUAUCUAGAUGAUUGGGGGAUAAGGGAGUAUUGGAAAAAAAAAAUCUCCCUUGUAAAGUUGCAGCAAGGAUGCAGUUGGUGUUGCCCCUUUUCUGUGGCUUUUGAAACUAGUGAAUCAGAUAAUAAGAUCGUUUAGCUAUGUUUGGGGCAGCUGUCCAUAUGGCUAAAGGAGGCGGAAAGAAUUUAACUCCUUUCGUUAACCCCUUUUUUUAACAUGCAUUCCUAUAAGGAAAUGCGUUGUUCAGUCCUGCAGAUGUUGAGUUGGACUAAUACAUUUUCAAAUAAAUGAAGCUAAUAUGAUCCUAAGUAAAUAUAAAGAAUUCAAACCUUUCCUAUAACGACUGUUGUUAGAAGGAUAUUGAAUGUGUCAUUUAAGUAUAUGUAGGGAUAAAGUCAAUCUCUAUUCUCUCACUGUAAAACUUAACAUUUUGGGCAGCUAGGUGGCGCAGUGGAUAAAGCACUGGCCCUGAAUUCAGGGGCACCUGAGUUCAAAUCCGGCAUCAGACACUUGACUGUGUGUCCCUGGGGAAGUCACUUCACCCCCAUUGCCCCGCAAAAAAACAAAAACAAAAACAAAAGCUUAACAUUUUGACCUGUACUCACUGUACCUUCCUUUUCCUUGUCACACAUUCAUCCUUCCCACUGUUAGUGUUAAAUGCUUGAGGUACAGCUGCCAUCAAGAUAACAGGUUGUCUCUCAUUUUUCUUGCCUUGUGCCUUGGGUAGUACAGAAUACAAUAGACUAAUUGCUUUGAAUCAAAGACUAUAGGUUUGGGGCAGCAAUUGAGAGUAUAGGAGAGAACUUCACAGGUCUAGAUAUCAUAUUACUGCCAUGCUUAUUUAUUUUAUUUUAUUUUUUUAUUUUUUGUGAGGCAAUUGGGGUUAAGUGACUUGCCCAGCGUCACACAGCUAGGAAGUGUUAAGUGUCUGAGGCCAAAUUUGAACUCAGGUCCUCCUGACUCCAGGGCCGGUACUCUAUCCACUGUGCCAUCUAGCUGCCCCCACUGCCAUGCUUACCAUAUAUUGAUCCUAUUUGGUAGAACUUUUAAAAAAGAUCUUAAAAUUCAGUCUAUAUGGCAUAUAGAGUAAAGGCAAAACAGCCUGAAAUGUUGACCGUUUGUAUUAAUUUGACAUCUUUGAGUAUGUUGAUUUAUCUUUUUUUUAGUUUAAUAACUUUAGGAAGAUUAUAGUUCUUUUGACCUUUUAAAAGGUCGUCUUGUUAUUCGAUGAGAUAUACUAAAUAUAAGAGUGAUUCAGAUUCCCUUUAUCCUUUUUUGUUUGGUGGAUUCCUAUGAUAACCCUUUUUUCCUAUAGCAAGUUAAAACUGUAUUUGAGAGAUUAAAUGUGCUCUCAUUUGGUGAAUUUUUCUUCAAGGUAAAAUGAAGAGAACAGGCAAAACUACUAUAAUAAUGGUUUUUAUAUUAUUUAACUAUAUAGCCCAAUAUUUUAGCAUGUUACAUCAAUAAGAUGUAGGGUUCUUUUGGAUUUCUAUAAUGCUUGUCCUUAUGAAGCACAUUAGGAAGGGUUUGGAGUCCUUCAGGGAAUUCACUUUAACCAAGUAAAGACUGAACUUUGCUUUGAUUUUUGCAAAUAUACCAUGACUUCUAUAAGGGAAAGUUGGUUGUAUCUUCACACCCUCACCACCCUCCUUUUUUUAAAAGGUUGAAAUUUCAAAUUGAAAAAGUCACUAAAAGAACACACACAAAAAAAAGAUGAAAAGAUUAAGAUGUUGGUGUUGCAUCUCCCUUAUCCCAUACACUUGUCUUUAGACUUCUUAGUGUCUCCAUAUGUGGGAAGAUGUUUGACAAGUUAAAUGUUAAUAACAGGGUAACCUUCAGUAACCUUCAGGACCUUGGUUUCCUUUAGUUGGUUGUGGCUUAAAGUGGUAUUUUGUAACAACCUUGCAAAGUAUGUAUAAAAUUCUUUUAUUAAGUACCAAUAGUGUAUGAAAUAGAUAUUUUUUCUACGCAAGAAAAUAUAUUUGUGCUAGUGAUAUUAAAUUUUCAGUGCCUUCAGAGACUUUAUUUAGAGUAAUAAUUUUAUAAAAAAAUUCAUAGCAUCUAUGAUUAAGGAAUUCCAGUGCUCUACUUUAUGGAAAACUAUUUAAUCAUCAGCCCUGUCAGGAAGAUGUUAUUCCUCUUUACUAGAUGGAGAAACAGAGCAGCACAAGCCUAAGUUACUGACCUAAGGUCACACUGUGCAGCCCAUAGCAAAGCUGAGAACCAAGACUGGCCCCUUAGGUCUGUUAGCACCCAAUCCAGAAACUAUACUACCCAGAAAGAAGGUAUUUUUCUGAAAUAAUUUUGCACUUUAAUGUGUUGUAAAGAUUGCUCCUGUGUUGAAUAAAACAAAAUUGAAACAAAAUGGCUGUUUUUAGAGGAUGUUUAACAUUUUACUACUUUGCUAUCUGUAUUUUUAUCACUUCUCAAGUUAUGUUGACAUGAACAUGUUGAUUGGUGACUAGUAUUAAUAACAUUAUUUGUUGAUACUCUGAUCACAGUCUUUUUUUUUUUUUCCAGCUAAAUGUCCAGGAUACCCUACACUUAAAUUAGUAACCUAAAGUCUUUAACUGCUGUUUCUGGAAUAAAGAAAUAAAUGUGAACCCUCAUAUUUUUUUUUCCCAUCCCAGUUCUAGGAGUAAGAAUAAUCAGAUUACAGAGUCUAAAAAAUACAAAAUGAUUCAUAGUAUACUGAAUCAUAAAUUGAGUUCAGAAACUUGGGAUUUGCUUGAGGGAGAUAGUAAGUUCCACUGUACACAUUCAUCCAUUUUCAGGAAGUUGAGAAAUAAACUAAACAGAGUUUCAUAAACAGGUGAUAGAACUUUAUCGGGCUGUCUGGUAAUACUUGAGUAAUGUAAGGGAAAAUAAUCCCUAAACAUAUUUCAUUGAUAAUGACAAGGCUAUAUUUUUGAAUUAUAAGAGUAAUUAAUUACAUCAACUGCCUUUGCUUUGAUCAAACAGGAUCUGGCCCAAAAUUAUUUGGCAUAAAAUUAAGGAAAUUUGCUUUUAAGGCAUCUUUAAUCUGAUUGAAACAGAUACUCCCUCUAAUUAUGCAGAUUGUAACUCAUUUUAUACUUUCCCCUAAAAUCUGUCAUAGGGGAUUCACCCAGUUUUGCUAAGUACUAUUCUCAGGGGUUCUUAUUUUUUUGUGUCCUGGACCCUGUGACAGUCUGAUGAAGCUUCUGGACUUCUUUUCAGAAUAAUGUUUUUAAUGCAUGAGGUAAACUAUAAGAUAAUAUAGAAACUAACUAUAUUGAAAUAUUUUUUCCCAUCCAAAUUCACAGACAUCCCCACCACAACAUCUUUCUAUACACCCUUUGGCAGCCCAUAAAUCCCACUUUAAGAACCUGUUGACCUGCCUAUCAGUGAAGGAGACAAACUUGCUAGCUGUUAUCCCACUACUAAUGUGCUCACUACAUUAGCAGUCUACCUUAAUUUCUGGUCCUUUAUCUCUUUUUUGACAUUUAAAUACCAAUUCAAGUACAUAAUUCUUUGUUGGUAAUAUGCUACUACAGGCUACAGUGAAUCUGUUACCCUUUGAGUAAUAUGCAACUUUAAUUCUUCAAAAAAUGACUACUUGUAUUUAAAACCUAUGGACCUUUGUUUCUGAGAGACAAGUUUGGAGGAGUCAGGGAAGUUAGGUGUCCCUCACUUGGAGUUAAAAAAAUAACUUUUUGCCUACUACAAUUCAAGACUUUACUCCAAUUCUAACCAUCUCUGGUGUCUGUUUACCAUUUAUAAACCAAUGGACCAGCUUAAUAAUUGGCUUUCUGUCCAAAUGCAUAAAAUAGUCUGAAUAAAAAAGACAUUUGUCAUUCAGAUUUUUCCUGUGCAGUUAGUUAAACCAAUCUUUGAAUGAUAAUAUAUCUUAUUUAGGAGACUGCAGUGGUUCCAGGAUUUGAUGUGAUCAGUGCAAUGUCAUCUAUAAAAAAACAUCUGAAGUACCUAUAAGGCAUCCCUGUUCCAUUUGGAUUCUACAUGACAAAAGUAGCAAAGCCCCAGUGGAAAAAGCAUUGAUUUGGAGUCAGGACCUGGGUUCAAAUUUCGUAUCUGAUGCUUACUACUUGUGUGAUGUUGGGCCAAUCAGCUAACCUUCCAAAACUUCAAUUUUCUCUUUUCUAAAACAAGGAGAUUGGAUUAGUAUUUUAUGUAGGAAUAUUGCAUGAUUUUUAAGGUAAGGAUGAAAGACAACUUGGAGGGUAGAGUUGUUAGUGUUUGCUCUACAGAAAAGUCAAACAGGACGAGUGGGAUCUUAGUCUUACCUUUCAGUCAACUGUGAUUCAAGUAAAAUCCAUCAAUAUUCUGUGUGAAAAUCUUUGUUCUUUUUCAUGACUUCAUCAGAAUUUUCCUUCAUUAUGUAGAUUAUUCUUAAAUUUUAAGAUUUGUGUCAAUAUCAUAUCUCCCAUUCUGAAUAUUAUACCCUAUCCUUACUCUCCAAUCUAGCAAGCAUUCAUUGUAAAAAUGAAAAAGUAAUUCAGAAAAAAAAAACUACUCCAACUUGGUUUAGAUAUAUGCCAUGCUCCACAUCCGUGUAGGGAAGGGGAAAAGGACGUAUAAAGAAACCUAGGAAGGAGAGAAAACCUAAGGAUCGUCAAACCCAGCUCCAUCUGACCAUCAUGGAGGUUCUAAGAAUAACCAGAAGAGGGAGGCCUGUGUGUGUCUACUCUUGGAACUUCAGUAGAAGAGUUACAGUGGUGUCCCCUGGUCAGGCCUCUUCUCCCUAUCUGACUGUCCCAUUCUGGGGGACUUCAAUAUUUUCAGGGACUCAGUAGGGUUUUGCCUGUGUUCCUGUGACAACCUUAGGAGAUCAUUAUGGAUAUCAUUUCUAUCAUUCUGCAUUUAUACUGGCUGACCAUGCCCAAUCUGGCCCCUUCUGUGUUCGACCUCAGGCAACAGGGUAGGGAGGACAAUAGAUCAAUUUGGGAGUAGUUUGGAGGAGUCAGAGAAGUUAGGUAGGUGUCCCACACCCUGAUUCUUCACAGUCUUCAUAGGUGCCUCCAUUCAACAUCUGAGUCAAGGUACCUAAUCAGGGACAAGAUCUUGAGCAAUGGAGACCUGAGAUGGUUGCAAGUUAACUUGUCAGUAUUUCUGCUGUACUAAGCAAAACCUAAGCCUUGUUCUGCUGCUCCAGUUCCCUUUUGACAGUUUUCUAGGGAUUCUUGUUCUGUUUCUUAGCAAGCUACCUUCCCUCUGCAUCUUGGUCAUUGUUUCCUCUACUUAUUCUACCCUACCUACAUUCUUUACCUUUCAGAUACAUAUGAUCAGCAAUACCUGAAAUAACUUUGAGCUCACUUCCUACAAAGGUAUGAAGAAGCAAGAAGGGCAGGACAAAAUAGGGGAAUGGUGAAAAAUCCAGUUUAAUGAGAAGGUAAAGCACAUUAAGUGAAGUGUGAGUAAAAGGAAAAGUAGUUUGAAAUUAUAUUGUGGAAGUCCUGAAUGCCAGGAUAAGAAAUCAAUCAGUAGACAAUGGUAAGUCACUGAAGAUUUUCGAAGAAAGGAGGGACAUGAUCAAGUGGUGCAUGCAGAAUUAUUCUGAAGGCAGUAUGAAGGAUGAAUUGCAGAGGAGAAAAAGGAAAAUCAGGGAGGCUGUUUACACAAGCCGGAGGGAUAGGGUGAUUACAAGUGGGAGUGAAAAGAGGAUCAGUGGAAUGAUAGAAUUAAGAUAGAAUCCACAACUACCAAACACUCUUCACACAAAUCAAAUCAGAUCUAAAUAAUUGGAAAGAUAUCAAUUGCUCAUGGAUAGCAGAGCUAAUAUAGUA